AUAGAAUAGGUGGACAAAUCAAAAUAUCCGACUUUAACGAUUGUUAUUUUACUUUCGUUCUCUUAUUACAACCAGUAUUAUCACGUUAUCGGCUGGUGACCGGACGGUGACCGGACGGACACAACGCGGAAACUACCGCCGGUUUUUUAUCAGCAGGGUUAACGUGUCCUUGUGUUCAGGAUUUUUAGGCGGAACUCAAGUCAACAAUGAGAGACAGACUAGCAGACCUAAGGGAGGCCCACUCACUUACAGGGGACGACGAAUCCGUUAUCAUUGAAGAUGGUAGCGUUAGAAUUAACAUGCAACCGCAGAUGGUGCUGACAAUUUUAUGCAAGAUUUUUUUUCAGAGGUGCAUAAUAUACGUGGAGACAUUAAUCAUAUUAAAGAACGUGUUGAUGAUAUGAAAAAGAAGCACAGUGAUAUCUUAUCGUCCCCUCAACCAAAACCAGAGGAUCAGGCAGAGGUUGAUCGUAUUAUGAAAGAAGUGAAAAAGGUGUCCAAUAACGUAAGAAUGAAACUGAAAGAAAUCGAAAAAAGCAUAGAAGAAGAUAAAUUACAGCACAAUUUGAAAUCACCAGCCGACCUUAGGAUUCGUAAGAACCAGCACUCGUCUCUACAUUAUUCAUUUUUACAAGUGAUGACAGAGUACAGUAACUCUCAAGUCGAGUAUCGUGAGAAAUGCAAAGGACGUAUACAUAGACAACUCGAAAUAACUGGUCAGAAUACAACCGAUGAAGAAAUCGAAGAAAUGUUAGAAACGGGAAACGCAGCAAUAUUCACCUCAAGUAUUAUCGCAGAUACACAACAGGCCAAGCAAGCGCUGGGUGACAUCGAAGCGAGGUACGACGAAUUAAUGAAGCUUGAACAAAGUAUCAAAGAACUUCAUGAGAUGUUUUUAGAUAUGGCGAUGAUGGUUGAACAGCAGGGAGAGAUGAUAGACAGUAUUGAGCAUAAUGUGGAGGAAGCCGCGGAGUACGUGGCACAGGCAGAGGUUGCAACUAAAUCAGCGGUUAAGUACCAAAGUAAAGCACGACGGAAGAAAAUCAUCAUUAUCGCCAUUAUAGCGAUUGCCAUUACUGUCAUCGUGCUGUUGAUAGUUUUUCUGUGAUCAAUGACGUCAUCUAGCAUCGGUGCCGGUAUCCGCAAACCACAUAUCGCUACCAGAGCCAUGAUAUACUGACUAGUAUUUAAUAGACACAAAAAUAUGCAAACACCCAUUUAGUUAAAUUACAAUUAGAUGUUGAGCUGAAAAGCGAGUACUAAGUAUACGAAGCCAAUAUGUCUUCUCAAAUAUGCCCAAAUAUUAUAUAUAUUUAUAUAUAUACUCAGAUAGCCAAUGACGCAAUAAACAUGCAUUUGUUUGAAAUAUGUGACUGAAUAAAAGUUAGGCUCAAUGUAUUGUACUCAUCACCAAUGAAGCUACUACUAACCAUAUGUGACACCUUCUGUCAAGUUUUUGAUACAUGUUUGUACAUAGAAUCGUGAAAUAAAUAUUACUUUGUCCAACAA